AUGACCAGCUCAUUGGUCAAGUGUCGCGUCUUUCCAGCGACCUUGGGGGAUAUUCCCCUAGCUUGGUUUAGGAGCCUUCCACCUCGUAGCAUUUGUAGUUGGGAAGAGUGUCAGCGGAGGUUUCUUAAUCAGUAUAGGGUGUUGAGAAGGCAGCUCGUCCCACCGUGUCACCUCGCCACGGUGUUACAAAGGACAAAUGAGUCAUUGAAUGACUACAUUGCCAGGUUCAGCCACGAAGUGAGCAAUAUUGAAGAUCCCUCCGAUGAAAGCAUUUUGACUGCGAUCUCUGCAGGCCUCCGCCAAGAUUUGAAACUCUAUGAAAGCAUCUAUAGGACUCCUGUUAAAGAUUUGGGUGAAUUCUAUGAACGAGCUGCUAAGGAGAUUCGAUGGGAAGAGGCAUUUGGCUCGAAAAAGCUUGCCAGGAAGAAAGAGGAGACUGGAGGCUCCAACCAGGACAAGAAAAGGAAUAACGGAAGCAAUGGAAGGGAAGCUCAAGGAGAUCGCUCGAACAAUCAGGACUUUGAGCGAGCUUGCAAGGUGAAGAGGGAGGAGCGAUCUUAG